AUGCCACCGAGAUUUAUUCGCGAGCUCAUCCCGCCUCGCGAGACUCGUGCCCCUCUCGGUGCUGUAGUUGUUGCCCUCAAAAGUCUCACCUGGGUGCAGUGGGCUCAGUUCUGGUGUGGCUGGUUUGCUUGGACGUGCGACGCCAUUGAUUACGUCGCAGUAACGCUUACAGUACCGCUCUUGUCUAAACAAUUUGGAAAGUCAACGAGUGCGAUCACGACCGCCAUAACGUUAACGCUCUUAUUCCGAGCAGUCGGCGCCGUGAUAUUUGGUAUGAUAUCUGACCGGUAUGGGCGCAAGUGGCCCUUGGUUGUUAAUCUCCUUAUCUGCUGUGUGCUCGAACUGGGAACUGGCUUUGUCGACACCUAUUCACAAUUCCUCGCCUGUCGUGCUCUAUUCGGUAUUGCUAUGGGUGGAAUCUGGGGACUUUCGUCAUCUUCAGCUCUUGAGAACUUACCCGUUGAGCUUCGCGGGCUUGCAAGUGGGAUUUUGCAGGAAGGCUAUACUGUCGGCUACAUCCUUGCAGCUGUUAUAAACUUGACCUUGGUAGCCCAACAUGGAUGGCGGGCGCUUUUUUGGGCCGGAGCAGGCAUCACCUGUUUCGGCGCAGUCGUCCGUGCUCUUAUUCCUGAGAGUCCGUUCUUCUUGCAUGCCAAGGAACAAGAGAAGGCGAAAGGGACCAAUACCUCGCAGGGUUUCCUUAGACAAACAAAGGAAAUGCUUAAGCUUCACUGGCUCUUGUGCAUUUAUGCAGUGCUCUUAAUGACAGGGGUCAAUUUCUUGUCUCAUGGUUCACAGGCACGCGCAUACCACGAUCUUUAUCCCACGUACCUCCAGAUCACCAAGGGCUUCAGUGCUCACAAUGCCACUGUCGCGACCAUUAUUGGCAACUGCGGAGCUAUUAUCGGCGGUGCUAUUGGUGGAUGGGUGAGCCAGUACAUUGGACGCCGCCUGACGAUCGUAUUGUUUGUGCUUCUCGUCGCAGUGUUCAUUCCAUUAUGGGUUCUACCCUCGUCAUUCUCUGCCCUCUCUGCUGGAGCAUUCUGUGUUCAAUUAGGUGUUCAAGGCGCUUGGGGCGUCAUCCCGAUCCAACUGGCUGAGAUGUCACCACCAGCAUUCAGGGCAACGUUCCCUGGUGUCGUUUACCAGCUCGGCAAUAUGGUUUCUGCGGCAUCAGCACAAAUUGAAGCCACUGGCGGUGACAAUUUGAAAACAACGAUCAUGGAAAAUGGAGUCCUCACAGUAGUCCCAGACUAUGCGACGGUGCAAGCCAUCUUCAUUGGUUCCGUUGCUGCAUUCGUGAUCGUUAUCGCACUCAUUGUGCCCGAAAACCACGGUUCUAAUUUCAAGAACGCCGAUGCUGAUUUCCGCGACGGGGAUGAGGCUACGGAUCACAAGUCACAGAUAUCAUGUCAUGAAGUGAACGAGAAGAGUAGUGCUUAGGUACCCCUUAACAUCUUAUUACUUGUCUACCACGAAACGAGACGAAUUAUUGCGUCCGUUUAAAUGAACGGG